AUGAGCAAUUGUGGAUCGCAAGAGAAAAUCGUGAUCACAUUUGACACCGAUCCGCAGUACUAUUUAAAGUCACUUACCUAUGCGGGAAUCAUUGGUUUAUUCGUGAACUCUUUCGGCGCUUAUGUCAUCCUUUUCCGAUCACCCGCUCAUUUCAAAACCUAUCGCUGGCAUUUAUUGAACUAUCAGAUCUGCUCAAUGGGGUGCGAUGCUGUGAUGACUCUUUGCGCGGCUCCGGUUUUCUUCUUGCCGAUUCCCGUAUGCAUGCCGAUGGGACUAUUCAAUGCAAUGGGGAUGAACCCUGGAUUGCAGAUGAUCAUCUACUCAACAUUCAUUCAUUUAAUCUUUGCCGCCACAAUGCAAAUGUUUUUCUAUAAAUGGCAAAUGAUCGUUCCAACCGGGAGUAUGCUUAAAUUCUCGAGAAGGGUUAAAGCAAUUAUCCUCUCCUUUACUUAUUUCAUCUUUCUCACUCCGCAUUUCAUCUUUCUCCCAGCCACUUUCGAGAAUCAAGCCGCGAAAAAGGUGCAAUUGUUGGCGGAUCAUCCAGUUUAUCAAGAGGUUUGGGCAGGAAAUGUUUCAAAGAUCGAUGAAAAAGUGAUCAUCUUUUAUAUGAAUGGAGACAAUUCUCUUGCCAAGUAUAUCAUUGCCGAGACAGUGCUUGGAUCGAUUCUCGGCUUCACAAUGAGCUGGUUUUGGAUGCACACUGUGUACAUUUUUCGACAAAAGGGCAAAUACUCGAAUGCAACAAAACAGCUACAGUACAAGAAGUACUUGGUGAAUCUCAGCUCACAGAUGACUGUUCCAAUGAUGACCAUGAUGUAUCCAGGCUCACUUCUCGGUUUAGUCAUCAUCUUUCAAGUGUGGAAUGUUCAAGAAAUUGUUCAAAUUGCAAUCUUUUUGUUUUCUUGUCACGGGAUUGUUGGAACGAUAUCGAUUCUUUUAAUGAAUGAACAUUACAGGAAUUAUUUGAGUGAACGCUUUUUUAACACAGUGAGUGGUGAAGAGCGAACGCAAGCGAUUUCAUUGAAUGCUGUCUUGCAAAGUUCAAAGAAAAACUCGACUCGACCAUCAACUGCUCAACCGGCAAUCAUUAUGGGA